AUGUUGGGAGAUUAUAUUCAGCAUCAUCUUCAAAGAGCUCAGCAGCGUAUGAAAAGUCAAGCUGACAAAAACAGAACAGAAAGGGAAUUUCAAGUCGGUGAUCAAGUCUUUUUGAAGCUUCAGCCUUAUAUUCAAUCUUCAGUUGCUCCCAGAACCAAUAUGAAGCUCAGCUACAAGUUCUAUGGGCCAUUCCCAAUUCUUCAUAGAAUCGGCACUGUAGCAUAUAAGUUGGCUGUACCUGAGGGUUCUAAGAUUCAUCCUGUGGUGCAUGUUUCCCAGUUUAAGAAGCAUGUGGCACCGUUGGUGUUGAUUGAGGAUGACAUUACUGCAGUCCCCACAGACCCUGCAGAAGUAGUGCAUCCAAUUGAGUUCACUGACAGUAGGAUGGUGAUUAAAGGAGCUUCAGCUGUGUCCCAGAUUCAGGUACGGUGGAGUUCCCUACCAUCAUCAUUGACUACUUGGGAAGAAGUCACUGAUUUGCGUCGUCGCUACCCAACAAGUCCAGCUUGGGGACAAGCUGGUUUUCGUGGAGGGGGCAAUGUCAGGAUCGCGGGCAAGCGCCGUGGCAAGGCUACUGUUGGGUAUUCGACAACUGGCAAGGCAGGGAUAAAGACCCACAAUCUAGUUAGGAAGUUCAUAAAGAUAGAGCCUGCAUUUCUUUCAUGGCAAAGCAAAGCAAAGCAAAGCUGCAUUCUGACUGGCUAA